CAGCCUCUGAAGACAUUUACCAGUAUUUAUCUCGUAAUAUUUCUUUUCAACCUCAUUCUCUACUGUAUCAUCCUCAACUGCCGAAACACCUAUGGAUCGUCUCAAACUUGUUUUGCAAUAUUUUCAGUCUAAUUCGGAAUCAAUUUCCAAUGGAAUCUGUGUUAUACUGGCCUUGGUCAGUGUGAAGUUGUACACCACCUUCGACUUCAACUGCCCCUGUCUGCCACAGUACAACAAAAUCUACGCAAUGGGAGUCAUGUUCGUCCCGCCUAUAAUACUAUUUUUCUUGGGGGUCCUAGUAAAUCGACAUACAGGUGUCAUGAUGGAAGAGUGGGCGAGACCCGUCGGCAGGAGGUCGAAAAGCCCCGCUAUUGUCAAGUUCAUGUUUUCGGCCAUGAUGCAGAGAGCCAUGCUUGCCCCCAUGGUGUGGAUACUAGUCACGCUCCUGGAUGGGAAAUGCUUUGUCUGUGCCUUUAGCAUCAGCGUGGACCCCAAGCACUUCUCAGGCAUGCCCAACAACACAGGUCUGGAUGUCAUCCGCAUUUUAGCCAAGGUGCCGUGCAAAGAAGAUGUUAUUUUCCAGGACAACACGUUUCGCAAGGCUGUGUCCCGCUACCUGCGCUGCUGGUCACAGGCCUUCGGCUGGAGUAUACUGCUCAUCCUCAUCGUUCUGGGGGCAGUGGCCCGCACCAUCAAGCCCUGCUUUGACCACGCCACCUUCCUGCAGACACGCUACUGGAGCAACUACCUGGACAUGGAGCAGAAACUCUUCGACGAGACCUGCUGCCUGCAUGCCCGCGAAUUCGCCCGCCAGUGCGUCAUCCAGUUCUUCGAAAACAUGAGCGACGAAGCUCAGGCUAGUCUGCCGCCGCGUCCCAUCAGCAAAGAUGAGGACGAGGAGGACUACUUGCACGGCGUCACAAAGCAAAAGGAGGUGAACAAGGUACUGGAGACCUGGUACUUCAGCAAACCUGAGCUGGAUGUGACCAAGAUCACCACCCGCUCCAGGAAUGGCCUCACUUGUGAAGAUGCCAAGGGAAAUGCACAAACUUCUGAGGUCUAGUUUUGUGCUUUUAGAUAUGUGUAUUUUCCUGUAAGCUAAUGCCAAGACCUGGACUUGUUAUUGUUCCAAACCAAAAGGACUGUGUAAAGAGACUAAUCAUUACUCUGAUUCACUCAAUUCAGUACAUGUAGUAGUGCUAAUACAGUACAUUCUGCAUUCAAAACUGGGCUGUGGAAGUACUUGGGAGGUGUGGAAAUUGGUUCUUAGGAAAGUGGCACCAGCUUGACUAGCCAUCCAGUGUGGCAAUACUCUCAGAAAGCAAAACUUAAAAACAGGAUAUUGAUGAUGGCACAAAAAUAUUUCAAAGAUCCAAACAGGAAACAAAGCCAGAUGUGUAGACAGAGUUGUGAAGUUGAAGCUGUGAACUUCUUGCCUGAUGCAGACAGCAGUAAAUGCUACUGCUACUUGAAAGGCGAAGUAAUAACAGAGAGUCACAACAAGUACAUUUUUAAAGAAGCUGCAGCACUUCAAAGGAUUAAUGGAGCUGAUGGUCACACCAUGUAAACAUGCAGUGCUCCUGUCCCGUCCAUACAUCUAAUAUCCAAUAAAGAAUGAAACCUGAUGUGGAGUAGAGGCAGGUCAGUCAGUACUACAGCUCAAUGGGAUGGCUUUUUUUAGCAGUUUUAAAAUUAGCAUCUAAAAUCCAUCUGACAGUAAGGUUAAUAUGAAACAAUGUGUGGUCUCAUUACCAUGGAUUUAAUAUAGUCUGGAGAAAGAAGCAGUUUCCAUGUUGUCUUUUGUAAUGCAGUAGCACUACUGUUAGAUACAGUAUAAGAUUAGUAAGCAUUUGAUACAGCAGGCAUUCAUAUGGUUUCUUAGGACACUGUGAUCUUUGAAAUCAUGGCAUCUCUGAGUACUGUCAUAGUUUUGUGUUUUAGGGAGAACAGUAAUAUAAUAGCCAAAAAGCUCUAAACUCUUCUAAAAUUGACAUUUUUAGUUUCCAGUGCAAUGUGACUGAGUGCUUCUUAUCAUAGGACUUCGUGAUGAUCUGUGUACAAAACCUAUUCAGUCCAACUAUGCAGUUAUAUUGUACAUAUCGUACACUAUUUUAUAAGAUCUCUUUCUAGGAUCACAGUUCUCUGAAAUGUAUGUCUGCCUCAGCAGAGCAAACUUUAUUUGGCUUCGACUGAGUUCAUUUGUAUGUUCUGUGAUUUUGCUUACCUCAUUUUGCAUAGCUUAUUCGCUGUCCACUUCUCCAAUCUAGAGAGACAACAAGUUUGCAAAUAAGGGAGCCAGCAUUUUUUCUAGAAUGAACAACUCAAUAUCUCAUCAUUAAAAGUGUCUACA